CAUGUGCUUCCCUCUGUUUCUACAUGUUAUGAUAUUCAAGCUGUGGUCUACAUGCACAGCCAAGAUUCAGCAAACGGCACAGUACCUGAAGAUAAUAAAGAAGGAGCCUUGACCUGAUGUCGACAGUGGAGAUCUGAGAGAUUUCGCAUCAUGGAGGCUGUAGUUAACUUCCUAAAUGCAUUCCACAUCAAGGCCAGUGGAUUGUCUGUGACACUCAGCCUCUUCCUCAUCUUUCUGGGUCUUCUGUACUGGUAUUCAAUUUACCCUUAUUCAGUCCUUUCUCGAUGUGGCAUCAAACAUCCAAAGCCAGUACCUUUCUAUGGCAACAUAUUCAUGUUUCGCCAGGGGUUUUUCAAACCUAUGAAUGAUCUCAUAAAGACACACGGCAGAGUUUGUGGGUACUAUUUGGGCCGGAGAGCGGUGGUGGUGAUAGCAGACCCUGACAUGCUCAGACAAGUGAUGGUCAGGGACUUCAGCAGCUUCCCAAACAGAAUGACUGUUCGCUUUGCCACCAAGCCUAUGACUGACUGUCUGCUCAUGCUAAGAAAUGAACAGUGGAAGAGAGUGCGGAGCAUCCUGACCCCAUCAUUCAGUGCUGCCAAGAUGAAAGUGAUGGUUCCACUUAUCAACACAGCCACCGAUGCGCUGAUGAGCAACUUCAAUGCAUUCGCUGAGUCAGGAGAGGCCUUUGACAUCCACAAGUGUUUUGGCUGCUUCACUAUGGAUGUUAUUGCCAGUGUGGCAUUUGCAACUCAGGUUGACUCACAAAACAACCCAGAUGACCCAUUUGUCCGCCAUGCGCAGAUGUUCUUCUCCUUUUCUUUCUUCAGGCCCAUCAUGCUGUUUUUCAUUGCAUUUCCAUUCAUCAUGGCUCCUCUAGCCAAACUCAUCCCCAACAAAAGACGAGACCAGAUGAACAAGUUCUUCAUCGACAGCAUUCAGAAGAUCAUCAAGCAGAGAGAGGAGCAGCCUCCUGAACAGAGGCGUCAAGACUUCCUUCAGCUGAUGUUGGAUGCACGAACCAGCAAGGAGAGUGUGUCUUUGGAACACUUUGACACAGCGAGCCAUGUCAGCGAGCUGGAUGACAGGAACCAGCAGACACAACAGUCGGCCUCUGAUCAGGACGACCGUCCUCACCCACAGGAGCCUCCUACCAGGCGUCCACAGAAGAAGAUGAUAACUGAAGAUGAGAUCGUGGGUCAGGCUUUUGUUUUUCUUUUAGCGGGCUAUGAAACCAGCAGCAACACGUUGGCCUUUACCUGCUACCUCCUGGCCCUCCACCCCGAAUGUCAAAGCAAAGUACAGGAAGAGGUGGAUGAUUUCUUCACCAGACAUGAAUCACCAGACUACACAAAUGUUCAGGAGCUGAAGUACUUAGAUAUGGUUAUAAGUGAAGCACUGCGCCUCUACCCUCCUGGGUUCAGGUUUGCCAGAGACAUCAACCAGGACUGUGUGGUGAACGGCCAGUUCCUCCCUAAAGGAGCAACACUUGAGAUCCCAGCGGGCUUCCUCCACUACGACCCAGAGCAUUGGCCGGAGCCUGAGAAGUUCAUCCCUGAGCGAUUCACGCCAGAGGCCAAGGCCGGUCGACAUCCGUUUGUAUACCUGCCGUUCGGGGCCGGUCCCCGUAACUGUGUGGGAAAGAGGCUUGCCCAGCUGGAAAUCAAAAUGGCAUUAGUGCGUCUGUUCCACAGAUUCAGCAUUGUGGCCUGCUCUGAGACCAAGGUUCCUCUUGAGUUAAAGUCAUCAAGCACCCUAGGACCUAAAAAUGGGAUAUUUGUGAAAAUUAAAAGAAGAGACACGGACACGGAAGGCCAAGUGAAUUCUCCUACAGACAGUUAGAAGUUCAUCAUCAUGAGUGGUUGAAUAACUUUGUGAACAGUUACAAAGAAGACUGUGGGUCCAUGUUGUAACAAUGACCCACAGUGUCAGAGUUAUGGCUCUGUUCCUUUACAUGAAAAUAUUUCCAUAGCUGGCCUAAACAUGAUCAAGUCAAUUAUUAGUUACAAUACACUGUAUACCUAAAUUACAGUGUUCAUCUAGUGCAUGAACUAGAAAGUGGAUUCAAGAUGAGACAGGAGUAAAGGAGGAGUCUCUCAGCCUGUAGCAAUAUACUUUUUUAAUAGAUUUUGAACAGGAAGCAACACUGCUGUCUUUUAUAAAAGGUUAUUUAGGGACGGUAUUUUUUCAUUAACCAUUAAACUGAACAGUGGGUUUAAUUUCAUGAUAACCAGGAUUUCUUAUUAAUUUCUAAGUGCAUUUAAAUAUUCUUUUAUGGUCCUUCAGAGUUACUGCUGUUAAUUCAUUGAACAAUUCAUUGAAGUGUGUAGUGAAAUAAAAAAAAAUAUGUGAGCCUAUAGAAACAAUUCAACCAGAAAACCCAAAAUGCUACAGCGCUCCAGAUCAUCACCUGAAGCUGAAAGUUUGCACAUUCCUUAACCAAAUGAGCAGUCUGUUGUUUAUUGACUGAGCUGCUCGCUUUUCUGCUGCUAACUUUACUACUAUUUCUGCCCAUGAAUGGGUUAAUUAAUAAUUAACUAUCAUACAGUAACAGAUUUCCAAUGUUUAUACAGGCAGCGGUACAUUUUUUGGCAAGAGGAUAGACUUAUUGUGUUAGGUUUUACUUUAUAUUUGAAUAUACUGAAGACUUUCAUGAUGCUUAACAUAGCACUGUCAAGGGUCAGUUGAAAGCUGCUAUUUUUAAAGAGAAAGAAGUUGUUUGUUAAAGGAAAUCCUUGUUUCUAUUCCCGAUAAUCUGAAUCAGCAUUUAUCAUGUCUCAGGAGAAACUGGGUCAAACUAAUUCAAAUUUCUCAGUAGAAGCGAAAGCAUUUUAUUACUUUUCUCUUGAUGACAUCAUUCACUAUUUUUUACACUACAUUUACACCUUAUUGAAACAAAAACUGUUUCUCAUGAUAGUAGGUUAGUUUGAGAAUCAUUCUGAGAUGCUUGAGAAUUGCAGUCCUAAAUUAAUUUUAAUUGUGAAUGUAUACAAUAAGGGUGAUUUACGGAUGAUUUAUUCAAAUGAAACAAUAUUCAGCAGUUGUGAUUAAAGACAGGACUGUAUGUGCCUGUUUGAUGUACAUUUAAAAAGGGUCAAAUGCCACUUAUGUGUAAUUAAAUAUUACCACACGAUGGGA